GUGGCGGGAGGCUCGGGUGUCGGCGGCGGGUGCGCCCGCAGCUGAGCGAGGGCGGGUACGGGAAGAGGACCGGGGCUGGGCGCGCGCGCGCCAGGCUGGAGCAUGAGCCGGACUUGACCGCGAGGCGGAGGCAAGAGCCACCGCCCCCUCUUCCCCUCCCGCGAGUAAAGGCUGCGCGGCGGCCGGCGAGGGUAUGGGGGGCGCCUGCUGACGGAGCCUCGGCGCGGACGCCUCCGGCUCACGCAGCGUUCCCCCGGGUCUCCGGUGCGCACCCUCGGUCCCAGCAGCCUCCGCCCGGCGGGCGCACCCGGGCGGGCGAAGAGGGGGCGCCCGUCCGGGUGGGUGGGGCGGGGAGGGUAGCCGAGGUCACGGACUCCGCGGGAGAGGCUGGGGCGGCCGCGGCGGUGGCGAAGCUGCGGGGUCCUGCCGACCCUCACCCUCACCCUCGGCCCGGGAAAUAACCAAUGUGAAACAUGUUGCAGAAGCAUUCAAGAAGUGGCUGAAGGGGGAGGAAAAAAGUGCCACUGCCUGUCAGAAAAAAACAACAAAACAAAACAUGGGAAAUACAACCACCAAAUUUCGUAAAGCACUCAUCAAUGGUGAUGAAAACCUGGCCUGCCAAAUAUACGAAAACAACCCUCAGCUAAAAGAAUCCCUUGAUCCUAAUACAUCUUAUGGGGAACCCUACCAGCACAAUACUCCAUUACACUAUGCUGCUAGACAUGGAAUGAAUAGAAUAUUAGGGACUUUUCUUUUUGGUAGAGAUGGAAAUCCAAAUAAACGGAAUGUGCACAAUGAAACAUCUAUGCAUUUGUUGUGUAUGGGACCUCAAAUUAUGAUAUCUGAAGGAGCCCUUCAUCCUCGUUUAGCACGCCCCAUGGAAGAUGAUUUUAGAAGAGCAGAUUGUCUGCAGAUGAUCUUAAGAUGGAAAGGAGCAAAACUUGACCAAGGGGAGUAUGAGAGAGCAGCUAUUGAUGCUGUAGAUAACAAAAAAAACACACCCCUGCACUAUGCUGCUGCCUCAGGGAUGAAAACCUGUGUAGAGCUUUUAGUAAAACAUGGAGGAGACUUGUUUGCUGAGAAUGAGAAUAAAGAUACUCCUUGUGAUUGUGCUGAAAAGCAACACCACAAAGAUUUGGCCCUUAAUCUGGAAUCCCAAAUGGUAUUCUCACGAGAUCCUGAAGCUGAAGAAAUAGAAGCCGAGUAUGCUGCAUUAGACAAACGAGAGCCAUAUGAAGGAUUAAGGCCUCAGGAUCUUCGUAGAUUGAAGGAUAUGCUUAUUGUGGAAACUGCAGACAUGCUCCAAGCUCCACUGUUUACUGCUGAAGCUUUACUUCGAGCUCAUGACUGGGACAGGGAGAAAUUACUUGAAGCUUGGAUGUCCAACCCAGAGAAUUGCUGCCAACGAUCAGGUGUGCAAAUGCCAACUCCACCACCAAGUGGGUGUAAUGCCUGGGACACGCUCCCUUCUCCAAGAACUCCAAGGACUACACGCUCUUCCGUCACCUCUCCAGAUGAAAUAAGUUUGUCUCCUGGGGAUCUGGACACCAGUUUGUGUGACAUUUGUAUGUGCAGUAUUUCUGUAUUUGAAGACCCGGUGGAUAUGCCCUGUGGACAUGAUUUCUGUAGAGGAUGUUGGGAGUCUUCAUCAGAAAAGUGGCAUACUGCCUUUGUUGAAAAUAAUCCUGCCAUUAAAUGGUGUCCUACUCCAGGCUGUGAAAGAGCAGUCAGACUAACAAAACAAGGGUCAAAUACAUCUGGGUCUGAUACACUCAGCUUCCCCUUGCUCAGAGCUCCUGCUGUGGACUGUGGAAAAGGACACCUCUUCUGCUGGGAGUGCCUUGGUGAAGCACAUGAGCCUUGUGACUGCCAAACAUGGAAAAAUUGGCUACAAAAGAUAACUGAAAUGAAACCAGAAGAACUUGUGGGAGUUAGUGAAGCUUAUGAGGAUGCUGCCAACUGUCUCUGGUUGUUAACUAACUCCAAGCCUUGUGCUAACUGUAAAUCUCCAAUACAGAAGAAUGAGGGAUGCAAUCACAUGCAGUGUGCUAAGUGCAAGUAUGACUUUUGCUGGAUUUGCCUAGAAGAAUGGAAAAAGCAUAGUUCUUCCACAGGCGGUUAUUAUAGAUGUACUCGCUAUGAAGUCAUUCAACAUGUGGAGGAGCAAUCCAAGGAAAUGACUGUGGAGGCUGAGAAAAAACACAAACGGUUUCAGGAACUUGACAGAUUUAUGCACUAUUACACGAGAUUUAAAAACCAUGAGCAUAGCUAUCAGUUAGAACAACGCCUUCUUAAAACAGCUAAAGAAAAGAUGGAGCAAUUGAGUAGAGCUCUCAAAGAAACUGAAGGAGGCUGUCCAGAUACCACUUUCAUUGAAGAUGCAGUUCAUGUGCUCUUAAAAACUCGGCGUAUCCUCAAGUGUUCUUAUCCCUAUGGAUUCUUCUUAGAACCUAAAAGCACAAAGAAAGAAAUUUUUGAACUCAUGCAAACAGACCUAGAAAUGGUCACUGAAGACCUUGCCCAAAAAGUCAAUAGGCCUUACCUUCGCACACCCCGCCACAAGAUCAUCAAGGCGGCAUGCCUUGUACAGCAGAAGAGGCAGGAAUUCCUGGCUUCCGUGGCUCGGGGAGUUGCUCCUGCAGACUCACCUGAAGCUCCCAGGCGCAGCUUUGCUGGUGGAACAUGGGAUUGGGAAUAUUUAGGAUUUGCAUCACCUGAGGAAUAUGCUGAAUUUCAGUAUCGGAGGAGGCACAGACAGCAGCGCCGGCGAGGAGACGUGCACAGUCUGCUCAGUAACCCUCCAGACCCUGAUGAGCCCAGUGAAAGCACUUUAGAUCUCCCAGAAGGCGGCAGUGGCCGCAGACCAGGCACCUCCGUGGUCAGCUCUGCAUCCAUGAGUGUGCUGCACAGCUCUUCCUUGCGUGACUACACCCCUGCCAGUCGCUCUGAGAACCAAGACUCUCUUCAGGCUCUGAGUUCCUUGGAUGAAGAUGAUCCUAAUAUACUUCUCGCAAUACAGUUAUCAUUGCAAGAAUCGGGGCUGGCCAUCGAUGAAGGAAACAGAGACUUCCUCAGUGGCGAUGCUUCCUUAGGGGCAAUAGGCACUUCUCUACCUUCCAGGCUGGACUCCGGCCCCAGGAACACAGAUAGCCCUGCAGCUGCGUUGAGCAGCUCCGAGCUAUUGGAACUUGGCGACAGCCUCUUGAGACUAGGAGCCGAAAGUGACACAUUUUCAACUGACACCCUGAGUUCACACCCUCUCAGUGAGGCAAGAAAUGAAUUCUAUCCCUCAUCCAGUGACCCUGACUCAGCUGGCCAGGACGCCAACAUCAGUGACAAUCUUCUGGGCAAUAUCAUGGCUUGGUUUCACGACAUGAACCCUCAGAGUAUUGUCCUGAUUCCUCCAGCAACUACAGAAACCAGUGCAGAUUCCCAGCGCCCCUGUGUUGGAGAUGGGUCAGAAGGCGUGAAAGAUGUGGAACUGGUGCCGCCAGAAGAAGACUCAGUGUUUGAAGAUGCUGUGGUCAGUGAAGGUAGAGGAACCCAAAGAGAAGAAGAAAACUCUUUGGAAGAGAAUAUUCUGGCUGGGGAAGCAGUGCCUCAAGCUGGCGAAAGUGGUACUGAGGCAGCCAGCAAGGGAGCUGGUUCAGAUGUCUCAAGUCAAACACCUCAAACCUCAAGUGACUGGCUGGAACAGGGACAUUUAGUGUGAGCUGCACACCUCUGGCUCCAAGCGCAUCGCGGUACAGGUGGCAUGCUGGUGGAGUGUGCUUCAUGGAAACUGGAUCCACUUAAUUCCAACUCAACUCUAAACCACUGACAUUAGGGUUGAAUACGAGGAGUUCCCUUGAAUGGUGGCUUCGUUUCGGAGUUUAACCUCACAGGAAACUUCUUUGGUAUUUAAUUGGAUAGCUUUCCCCUUUUUGCUGACAAAAAGAAGAGCAGGAGAGAAAGAAAAACAAAUGGAGUAAGUAGGUUAGAUUUCACACUCUAAGAAAAUGCAGUCCUCUGUUUAGCCUAAGGUCAGCAAUACUUAAAAUGGAACAUUUAAAUUAAAGGCUUACUCCCUCAUCCUUGGGUGGUUUUUCUCUUUAAAAAGAAAAAAAAAGGUUUUCUUCAUUUUAGAAGUUCUUUUGGACAGAUCUGGUAACACUGAGUUCCUCGAUCUCUUUGUGCUCUUCCAUAACUUUCUUCCUGCCUCUUGGUCUGAGCAGUGUGAAUCGAAGUGUCCAAAGCUUCUCUUUAGUGCUGCAUCUCCCACAAUGUAAUUAAUUUUCAUUUUCACAUGAGUCAAAAAUUUCUUUUCAUGUCUUACAGUCCACUUGUGCCAAACUCUGACUUGUGCACUGAGAAGGCGUUCAGGUGUGGCUCCAGGGCAGUGUCAGCAUUCUCGGGAGUAAAAGGUGCCACUUGGUAGCCAUGAAAUGCCAGGCUUUAAUAGGCUUUUGUUGCCAUGGAGACUGCAUUUAAAUAAAUGUAGCCUGUAGCUUAAGUUAACUAAACCUAAUGCUGCUGUUAAAAACAGUUUAUUUUAAUAUUAAAAUACAGUUGAUUAGCAACAGCGGUGCUGUAUUUUAAGAGACACUUUAUUGAAAGUGCAAUCAUAGUUCUUUGUUUUCACAAUUUUACAGUGCAUUCUAAUUACUAAUGGGUGCAAUUACUUUUAAUGGUAAGUGUUUUAUAAAAUAGAAAAAAAGUGGAGUUUUUAUGAGUUAUAGUAAAUCCGACAAUUAUUAAAAAAUCCAGUAAGACAUCCUGCGCAACAUGUUACCGUGCCUUUGCCUAACCUCAAUGGAUAGUUGCCAGUUAAAUAAGUGAGUCAUUCAAAUUUCAGUGUCUCUUCUGAAGUAACUAUGCUAUGAAUUGCAGAGACCUCCAUAAACCACCCAUGGCCUUGCCUUUCCAGUCAAUAUAACAACUAAAUAAAUGUUCAAUCCGUUUGUUUGCCUCAAUAGCAAAUGCUGACGUGUUUGUUCUGUUGCACAAUACUCAUUUGCUGUGUGACUACUGUUUAGUGUUGAAAAAAUCAACUUCCUGGUUAUCAGUGUCUUCCUGUGAAGAAAAUACUGGUCUUAGUUGUAAUUAAGAUUCAAUGGUACAGUGUGUAAUUAAAACUAGAGUAAACUGUUGGAAUGGCUCUUUUACUUACAUAUUACCCAAACUAGCAUAACAUAAGCAAAGUAGAUAGGCAACACCCCAUUUAAUGUUUUGCCAGAUUUUUACCAGAAGUCUACAGAUACCAAAAUUUCAGUACUGAGUUUGUACAGGCAAGUCCUGGACUGGGUGAAAGGUUGUAUUAGUAUUGAUAUUCACAUGAGUUGUAAUUAUGGUUUUUUAUUACUUUUUAUUUUCCAAACCCUAUUUUUGAAAUAUUCUUAUAUUUGGAAUUCAUGAGACCUAGGACAUUAUAUUAUUUAAUAUUCCUCAGGGUCUCCUGGGAUUAAAAAGAAACUAUGUAGGAAUUGUUCCUCUGCUUUGGAUGUCAUAAGUCCACAUUAGUUUUUAUUUCCCCAAUUAUCAGAAACAUUGAUAUCAACCCUUAUUAAUUUGUUGGGGUAAAUAUUAACUUUUUUCUACAGUGUAUUACUGUCUAUUAAACUGAAAUAGUCCAUUUAAGGAUUUUUUUACAAGUUUAUUUUGGAUUAAAAAUAUCAACACCGAUCAGUUUUUAGACCAAGUUGUAAUUUUUUUCAAAAGAAAGAGUCUUUGUAUCAUAUAGCUGUGUCUUGCAAAGUGUGGAAGUGCUGCGUGAAGGCUGUGGAGUGCAUGUUCCUGGUGAGGCCGGUGCCUGGCACCUGGUGCAGUAAGUAGCCCUUGUUCCUGUGCUAUUCUCUCCUGAGCAUGAGGAAAGAUCAUUAUCCAAUUUGUACUUCCUUGGUACAUAUUUUAAAAACAACACAGUCAUUGACUUUACAGUUCAGAAAUAAAGUUUGGCAAAGCCUAUUUUGUAAACACAUUAAUUUUAUAAUGUAAAAAAAAUUACUCUAACCUUGACUUGUUAUUUGCACUUUCAUAGUCUAUACUUGAUACAUUCCCCCUUUAUAUACAAUAGGAUUCUACAACCAUGUAGAUGUUUGGCCAAAUGAAUGCUGUUAAUAAUAUGUAAAAUUCUUUGAUUAAACAUUUAUUACUUAAACUA